AUGGCGUGUGUCUACCGCUUCAUUUCCAACUGCAGAAAGAAAAUAAGUGGUCUGCCGAUUGAAGCGCUGAAGGCAACAGAUCACCAGAAGAGCAUUCUGUUGUUAGUUCAGAAAAGGCACGUCGUUCCAACAUCGGUGCGUAUUCCCCUGCAACAGGAGGAGUACUUGAAGGCGGAGAGGAGUUUGCUGAGGAUGGCGCAGGUCGGCGAAUACAUCGACGAAGUAAAAAUACUGCUGAGAAAUCGAGAUCGUCCCGUCAUGCAUUUGGAGGUGGCACACGGUUUAACGACACAAGCGUAUCUAAUGGCGAUCCGGCGAUUUAGCUGCCGUCGAGGACCGCCGGCUGAAUUUUUCUCAGAUAACGGAACGAAUCUGCGAGGAGCUAGCAGGGAGAUAGUGGAGACUAUUCGUAGCAUCGACGAAGACUGCGCUGAGGAGAACACGACAGCCCGGACCAAGUGGACAUUCAACCCUCCCGCAUCACCCCAUAUGGGAGGGGUUUGGGAACGAUUGGUUCGCACAGUGAAGGAAGCGUUAGUAGCAUUUGAUGACGGAAGGCGGCUGACGGACGAAGUCCUUCAGACUGCCAUCGUUGAAGCAGAGGACAUGAUUAACUCUCGUCCACUGACGUACGUGUCGCAGGAGUCUUUGGAAGCAGAGGCACUCACUCCGAACCAUUUUCUUCGGGGAGUGUCACCUAACGAGCCGAUUGCAGUACCGCCAACACCGCAUCCGGCUGAAGCGUUACGGGAUGCUUACAAGCGGUCGCAGCAAUUGGCUAACGAGAUGUGGAAACGCUGGGUUAAGGAGUACGUUCCAACGGUCAACCGGAGAACUAAGUGGUUCAGCGAAUCGAGACCUCUGAAAACAGGGGAUUUGGUGUAUGUCACUGAAGGUACGAGCCGGAAAUGCUGGAUCCGUGGUGUAGUUGAGGAACCAAUCGUGUCUGGUGAUGGGAGGAUCCGCCAGGCAUGGGUUCGAACCAGGACUGGAAGGUUUAAACGAGCGACAGCGAGACUAGCUGUGCUGGAAAUCGUGGGUAAAUCUGAGCCGGAUAUGAAUCCUGAACCAGGUUUACGGGUCGGGGAAAAUGUUGGGCCCACUGUCUCACUGCCGCGUGAGUAUGCAGAUCCGUUGACAUCUCAUCGAGAUGAGCAUCAAUAA